UCAAAUGUCGUCGGAACAUGGACACCGUUUACUGCAAAUUGAAGUUCAAAUUGCCGAGAGCUUAGAAAGAAGAAAAUAUGUCUUUCUUGGGAUUGCCAUCACUGAGCUCAUACUGGGAGUGGUGCUUCUAGGAUUAUGCGUAGUAUUUUCGUUAACUCUUGACGCAUAUGCAGUGUUUGCAGUAAUUUACAUCAGCGAAUGUAUUAUGUACAUUCUCACCGCAAGUUUUGGGAUUGCAUUAGGUUGCAAACCAUACAAAUGGUUGGCUGUUGUGACUUUAGUUUUAUCUAUAAUUUCAUCCAUUUCCCUCGUCAUUGGGAUUGCUUUUGGAAUCGCGUGGCUUAUAGUGGGAUCAACUACUGUUGGAGCAAUUUUUGUCGUGUUUUGCGGAACAUCGUCUGUAUUAUGCAUCGUAGGUGCAUCUUUUGCUGGAAGUUCUCUGAAAUGCUGUGUAUGCUCCAGGUCUACUCAAGUUCAGGAUAUUCCAAUCGCUAUGCCGACUGUUAAUGAAGCAUUUCAAGGUGCGUACAACUAAAUUAAGUCACACAGAUUUCGAUCGAGAAACCGAUCGUUGUUAAAUCUUAGAGGUGCAGUGCGGACAUUUGCAUAAAACUUGCGUAUCCUGUGUAAUAAAUGAUGUACAAAAUGAUACUUCAGAUUUUAGCGUUUUGGAUGAGCCUUUGUAAAUGUGCAAUGGAUCGAUCAUUCAAACUGCA